AUGGCUAUGACUAUGAGAGCUCUCCGUCUCGGACAGAUGUCUGCUAAGAGCAUUUCUUGCUAUGCUUCUUCCGUGGCACCCGUUUUUGUCAGAUUCCAUACUCCCUACAACUACUCUUCUCCUGCUAAGCCAAGAACCCUGUGGGAAGGUUUGUGGAAUGCCGAUUCCACCAAUCUUCACGAGAAGAUUUUCCACUACAGCCAGCUCACUGCUGCUUGCCUCGUCCCCGUCUCAUUUGUAUUAGCACCUUCUGCUCUUUGCGUGCCUAUUGAUUACGUUUUGUGCGUGCUUUAUCCUCUUCACGGUUGCAUUGGUAUGAGCCAUAUCUUUAGCGAUUAUUGCGGACCUAUGCUCGGAAAGAGUCUGAAGAUUGCUACUCUUUUCUUGUCGCUCCUUGGUAUGUUUGGACUUCUCUACCUUAAUGCUACCUCCGAUGGUUUGACUGCCACCAUUAAGGCCCUGUGGAGACCCAAGAUUCAGAAUAAGGAGGAAUAAGUGUUAUCAUUUCU